AUGCCGUUGGUAUUUCUAUGGCUUGGACGCGUGCAUAUCCUGGUAAAUCGUGCACGAGAGGAAGAUUUGGGAGAUGACGACUCCGAUGCUCUAUCAACUGUUGUAUCCAUGCGCAUGAAUGUGUCCGCUCAGAUUCGAUGCUUCUGUGGUGGUAUCUUCAACUCUUGGUACGAGUCACAAAAUCUUAACAACAUUUAUCGGCGGCUCCUCACUGCAAUCAAUGAAGGUGACGAAGAUCGAGAUUACGUCGAGGAUGACGACGACGACAGCAGCAACGAUGAAGGCGCCGAAAGGCAACAGAAACUUAUCGUAAAAGAGAGUAAACCUGACCGACAGCCAAAGCUCAAGGGUGAUGUCGACAGAAAAAUGCAACAAUUAUGGCAGCGCAUGAACGGCCUUGAUGAUCGACUCGGUAAUAUCGAGAACCUGCUGAAGGCUCUCGUUACGGCGAAGAAUAUUGGACCACUCAGUUCUAGUACUAGUACGGUUCAACCCAUCUCGAGACAGGUAGCACAGAACGAUGCUCCUGUUGACUGCGAGCCACCCACAUCAAGCCGUGGGAGCAACGACCAGGAUACCGACAAAGACAAUGAAGCAGUCAGAGGAGAGUAUUUUGGGGAGACCAGAGAAUAUUACGGCGAUGAGUGA